AUGCUACCACACUAUCAAUACAAACACUAUUAUGAUCAACUCUGUGAUUGUUGCGAAGAUGCAAUGGUAACGUUGGACGAGCGCCAAGAGGAAGGCGGGGAAUGCGGCGGAUGUGAAAAGACAAUGUGUGAGGACUGCCACGAAGGUCAGCAAUGUGGCCGAUGCGACGUGACCUUUUGCAACAGCUGUGUUAUUUCCUGCGAGUUUUGCGAUGACGAGUUAUUUUGUGGGCACUGUCUUGAAGAUCACCAGCAAAACUGCACAACAUGCGAAAAGACAAUGUGUGAAGACUGCCGUGCAUGUGACCUUUGCGACGAGAACUGUUGUGCCGACUGUGUUGAUGUCUGCAAGUUUUGCAAUGACGAGUUUUUGUGUGUGUCCUGCCUUGAAGAUCAUCAGCAAAACUGUACUCCGCUGACACGGAUUAUAGGGAAGCUGGAUAAACUCGACAAGAGCCUGGAACACAAGGAAUCGGAGAAGGCUCGCCUCAGACGACGCUUGGGUGAAAUCAACCAAGAUAUCGAUGGCAUUCUCGCGCAAAAAGCGAGUGCUGAGCGUAGCCUGGAGAAACUAGUUACUUGA